GUCUCCCCUCUUUACUCCCCAUGGCCACAAUGUUCUCCAUUUCCACCACCUUUGCUUUAGGGCCUCGACGCCCCGGCGGCUUCCGAAGCGAAUUUCCCGCUACCGCUCCCCUCCGGUCUCCCGCCACCGCUCGUCCUAUUGGUCUCGGCUUCAGGCUUGGGAAUGCUGUUAGCUUGCCUGUGAAGCGCAGGGUGCCAGUAGUUCUUUCUUUAGGAGCUUCUAAUCCAGAAACUACUUCCAAGGACAAAGCUGAUAAAAGCAGCUCAGGUGUGGCGGGCGGCCCUCCACUCCUCACCAUCUUGGCAGGUCUUUUUGUUUUCCUACUUGUGUGUUGGGUUGUUGGGUCUAUUGCCAUGUGGCUUGUUGGACUGAUUGUCAAUGUACCUAAGUAGAUAUACUAAUGGUGCAUAAUUCCCUAUGUUUAUUAUAUGCUUGCUACUGCCAUCCCCAAUUAUAGUGCUUUCUGUCUAUUGGAUCUCUUUAGGUGAUGUAACAGUAAAAUUAUGUGGUGAAAUUUAAAUUGUCUGCUUAUGCAGCCAU